AUGGCCAGCAAGCCCAUGAGCACCAGCUGCCAAAGCAUUGCGACGGCGGCCAGCAGUGCGGCCACCACGGCGGCAGCGGUCUCCAUCUCGGCCUCCAAUGCCACCUCCGUGGGCUCCCUCAUCGCCGCCGCCUGCCAGCAGGAGCAGCAGCAGCAUCACCACCAGCACUAUGCCCAGUCCCAGCAGCAGCAACACCUCUAUCAUCAGAGCCAUCAGCAAGCGUCGCACUAUGUCAAUGGCACCGGCAGCUUGGGCAGGCUUAAGUUUCACAAGAGUCUCGAUGCCAGCGACGAGGAAAUCGAGUAUGCGCAGCUAUCACGUUCAACCCAUAUCCUGGGGCGCCAUAAAUCGGAGCGGUAUCUGGCCUCCAAUCCGGAUGACGAUCGAAGACGCCGCACCAUUAUCGUUGAGAAAAAGAACAACUCGUAUGGGUUCACGCUGCAGAGCUACGGCAUCCACUACAAACGGGACGAGGAGCUGGAAAUGAUCACAUAUGUGGACUACGUGGAGUAUGGUGGUCCGGCCUAUCGAGCUGGCAUGCGAGAGGGCGACGUAAUCCUCUCCAUCAACGGAAAGGAUAUGGAGAAGGCGGACCACAAGACCAUCGUCGAGUUCAUCAAGCAAUGUGACACCAGGAUGCGGAUGGUUGUUCUAUUCGAGGACUGUGUGAGGAAGGUGGAUCUCCACAUGCGCUACAUCCAACUGCAGAGCAUGUUGCAGCAGAAGAUGAACGAGCUCGAGAGGGUGCACCUCAGGGAGCGUGAGCUAUUGGAGGGCAAGUGGAAGACGCACAGUUUGCCGGCACGUAAGAAGGCCAAUGCGAAUACUUCGCCCAGCGAUGGGGAAGGAGUCUCACCUACAGAGGUGGGCGGUGAAGCAGGCUUCUACCGACCCGCCCUGUCCACCGAGGAUGUGCCUAACAUUGCGGCCCGCCAGCAUGGGGUGGGUGGUCCAGGCAUCAUACCUCCUCCCGCUCAAUUUAUGCUCACCUACCACUACCUGGAUCCCACAUACCGCUACGUCCUGCGACCCACGCACGGCAGCUCAGAGGAAUUUGUAGACGGAUUGGGUCUGCAGCGGAGCAGUAGUGAUCACCAGCCACCGGCACAGCGCUAUAUCCUUCAGCGAACCGAGUCAGUGGAUGCAAAUUCAAUGACACAACCCACAACAACGGCUCCUACUCAAUAUCACAGCACCACCGGUGGAUCGGUGAAGCCACCCGCACCACCUCCUCGCACCUGUGAAAAGCACAAGCCACCAGCUAAGCCACCAAAGCCAGAGAAAGAGAAGUCGUCGGGCAAGCAUUGCCACGUGGGACACUCGUGCAAUCCCUGCUUGGGUCACUUUCGCUGGAAGUCGGCGGAGAAGUCAGCAGCUGCGGCACCGGAUAACGUGAGCUUGGAUGCCUAUGACCUGGCCAGUCCCUGCUGCGAUACGCAUUGUGUGCCAACAAGAAGACGCCAUCGCCAGCACAAGGAGCACACGCACAAGCACAAGCAUCGGGACAGGGAACGGGUGGAGAGCAAGGAGCAGAGAGUCAGACCCAAGUCCACAUCCCAUGCCUCGCCCAAUGCCAACGGGGCUGCAGCAUCUGGACAUCACCACCAUCAUCAUCAUCACCAUCAUAGCCAUGAGCAGCAGCAGCAGCAGCAACAACAACUGCAGCAGCAACAACCACUGCAGCAACAGCCCAUGCAGGCGGUUCCGCACCACCAUCACUAUCCCCACCAGAUGCACAAUCCCUGCCAGGUGCAAUCCCAAACGGGCAGCACCCGAUCUCGCUACUUCGACUUGGCCUCCGGCUUAGCCAGCCACUGCAGCUUGCACUCCUGCACCUCUAGUGAGUUUGCUACCGGAGAUACUGCUUCAUAUACCACAUCCAUAAGCACGGAUACUUUGUUUUGGGAUCCCAAAAGCGAGACGGCUCAGUCCCGACAGCACUCCACAAAAUCCAGGCAGUCCUACGAGCAGCAGCCACAACAGCAGCAGCAGCAGCAACCUCACCAGGGACACCAUCACCAUCAUCAUCAUCACCAAGGGGAUUACCACCAACGAUAUCAUGUGACCACUAGUCAAAUGCAACCACAGCAGAUCUAUCCCAAUACCAUAGCCUAUGUUCAGAAACCGAAAUCCUGGGACAAUCUCGCCAACAAGGCGGGCUUUAAUGUGGGCUACGGUUACCUUGACACUGUGGCAGUUAAACCAGCCAUAAAAAUGCAGAUCGCCCAGCAGCGUCACUCGAUGCCGCGAAGGAACCCGUACGGCAGAUACUCCACUUACGGCGAUGUGGAGAACUAUGCCCCACCGCCCACCGAGUUUGUGGGCGAGCUGACCACCACCACAACCACAACCAUUACGGCCAAGUCCACGGAGGAGCUGUUGGCCGCCUGCGAUUGCUUGACGCCCCAGCAACAGGCUGCCAUCAAGGCGGCCCAGUACCAACUCAGUCAGAAUCAGAAGCUGUCCCACCAGAACUCCUGCCAGCUGGGCUACUACUCGCAUCUGCCGCGACCCACCACUGAUGUGGGCACCUCCACCACCAGUCAGCAGGUGCACGGGGCAGGCGAUGUCCAGACCACUUCGGAGGCCACCAGAUUGUAGGUCACACUUGUCUUGCCGCAAAGAGAUCCGUCUUAAGAAUAAUACGAGUGCACUAUGGGUAGGCUGACGAUCGAAUAGUUUCAGAGUUUGCUAGGUGUUCAGUUAAUAGAGAAAAACAAUA